AUGGCUGUUGAGGUUGCCAGCGAGCUCGUGAAGACCCCGCCGAGCAAUAUUGAAGCCCUUUAUGAUUUAAAAGCCAAUCUCCAAGAAGCCCUAGCCUUAUUAGAAGACCAAAAAGAUAAAAAACUGGAUGACUGGGGUGAACCAAUAGUUUUAGAAAUCGGUAUUUGCCCUCUGUUAGAUGACUGA